CACCGCGCGGCGUAUACAAAAACCCCCACACCCGCACCCCACACGUCAAACAACUUCUCCCCUCACCACUAGCCAAAACAAAACUCACCUCCCACUGCAGUACCGCCAAGCAACCCCCAAAAUGACAAGCCCCGAAGAAACCCACCGCGCGACCUCCCUCCAACACGCCCAAGACCAAGCCCUCAGCCUCUUCGCAGCCAUCGAACCCCUCAUCGUGCCCGGCAUCACCGAAAAAGCCCUCAGCGACAGCAUCCACCGCCUAGGGGCCGAGCACCACAACGUGCGCACACACUGGCACAAGCGCCUCGUGCGCAGCGGGCCGAACACCCUACGGCCCUUCGCGGACAACCCACCCGACCGAAUCCUCCUCCCCGACGACAUCCUCGUCAUCGACCUAGGCCCAGUCUUCGAAGAAUGGGAGGCGGAUUUCGGCCGCACCUACGUGUUGGGCAACGACCCCGCUAAGCUAGCGCUCCGCGAUGCCCUCGAAGGGAUCUGGGUAUCCGUGAAGGCGGAGUUCGAUCGGCGGCCCGACAUCACGGGGGCGGAGCUGUAUGCGAUUGCCAGCCAGACAGUCCAGAAGGCCGGGGCGCGCGAGGGCCGGAGGUGGGCGUUUGGGGCGGAGAUCGCGGGCCACCUCGUCGGCAGCUUUCCGCAUGAGCGCAUCCCGAAUGAUCGCGUUAGUUUGUAUAUCACCCCGGGGAAUGGGGAGCGGAUGCGCGGGAAGGGGAAGGGCGGGUGGGAGAGGCAUUGGAUUCUGGAGAUUCAUGUGCAUGAUACGGAGCGCGGGUUUGGGGGAUUUUGUGAGCGGUUGUUGACGGUUGGUUGA